AUGGCUAACAUCUUAGAUGUAUCGACUCCGGACAACCUCCAGUACCAAUUCUUCCCCGUGUCAAGCGGUUCGGUCCAGUUCAAAGUGCGCACCGCAAAUGACGCCCACGUUGCUCUUACCAUGGGACCGCAGGACACGGAGCCGAUGUAUGAGAUAAUGAUCGGCGGUUGGGGCAACACGAAGAGCGUGAUCCGGAAGAACAAGACGAAGCCGGACAAGGUCGAGGUGGAGACCCCCGGGAUCGUAAACGGCGGCGAGUUCCGCAGCUUCUGGGUGCGCUGGGACGGCGGCAUCGUGUCCGCCGGCCGCGAGGGCGAGAGCAUCCCGUUCAUCUCCUGGGCCGACCCCGAGCCCUUCCCGAUCGCCUUCGUCGGCGUGUGCACCGGCUGGGGCGCGACCGGCACCUGGAAAAUCGAAGAGGCGGCGGAAUUCGAGACACCGGACAAGUUAGAGUAUAAGUUCGGACCCGCGGCCGCCGGCUCGCUGGAAUUCGAAUACCGCGGUCCGCAUAACUGCCACGUUUGUCUGGCCCCCGGUCCGGGCGAGGUGGGCCCAAUGUACGAAUUUAUCCUUGGCGGUUGGGAGAACACGCAAUCCGUGAUCAGGCACUGCAGGCAGAAGCCGGACAAGGUAACCAUCCCGACGCCGGGGCUUAUGAGUGCCAGCGAGUUUAGGAAAUUCCUCAUCGAAUGGAGAUGCGGCAGGUUGACCGUUCGCGACGGUACCAACGGGGCCGUGAUGAUGGAGUGGGUGGACCCACAGCCCUUCCCGGUUACACACUUCGGGGUGCGCACGGGGUACGGUGCCCAGGGCACGUGGCGCAUCAGGCACUUCUUCAAUGACGGGCACCGACUGGGCCCGUCCGCGCCGGCGGCUGCUGCUCUAUACAGCCCGCCGCCCGGCUACCCGGGCGGUGCGCCGGCCGUGUCGGCGACGGGUGGUGCCGGCGUGUGGAUGGACGCGAGCGGCGGCCAAGCGGUGCCCGGCGCGGUGGUAGGCGGCCAGGACUGCUCCGGCGAGCCGCUGUACGUGGCGCGGGCGCAGCACGAGGGCGCCAUGCUCCCUGGAAAGCUGGUCACCUCCCACGGGUGCGCUUACGUCCCGUGGGGCGGACAGGAGCACGGCAAGUCCGAAUAUCAGGUUCUUAUUGGAGGACCGAACAACUGGGUGCCAGUUAGUGGAUCAAAUUUACCUCCAGGAGCUUUCCCUGGCGGUGAGACGGAGGAUGGAGAACCAUUGUUCAUUGGCCGCGUACGUCACGAAGGUAGCAUAACCACUGGCAAGGUUCAGGCAUCGCAUGGCGUCUGCUACAUCCCCUUCGGCGGCCAAGAACUCGGUUUCCCCGACUACGAAGUUCUGGUGGCC